CUCAGAAGGUGCGCUCGAUUUUGCCAUGACGAAGCGCUGUGUGCGCAACGGGUGCUGGUCUAGACGCUUUGGAUUUCUCAGAAAGUCCUAGAGUUCUUAGAUGAUUGUGAAUGAUGUGAGAUAGAUUUGUGAGGCAUCGAUGCCUGGGAUUUCCAGGGCUGUUUGUGGCAUCUUGUGGUGCCUCACCGGCGCAAUGGUGGCCGAAGUGGCCAGUGAAAGGCCUUGGCCGCCUUGGCUUCCCCAUGUGGACAUCGAGGACUACGAGUGCCGCAAGGAGCUGCCGAAUCCAGUGGUGAACUGGGCAGAUCUUCGGCAGCGAUUUGGGGACCUGGUGAAACAGCUCUUGGAUGAGCGGACCUUACGGUUGAGCCCGUUGAGCCCAGAGACGCGGAUCCAGAGCUUGCAAAUGGAACUCCUGGAGUUUGCUGCGGUGAUUUUGUGGCGUUUCCCUGUUGCAUUGAAUGAGUGCCCGUUUGGUGCAGUUACAGCAUCAAUCUUUGCCACUUGCAUGGCCUUUAUGGACCAGACUGAGUUGUCCAACAGCCCAUUGAAGUCUCCAUAUGACCGGUUCUUGAAUGACUUGGCUCAGCAGUCCUUUCUGGAGCUUGUGUCGCGAGACUUGGCAGUCCUGUUGGACUUGGCAAAUUUACAUGUAACUGCUGCUUCUGAGUGGGCCACCUUUGCCUUGCUUCACAUCUACCUUCCAAAGAUCAGAGGUGUGAAGUAUUCAGAUCCUGACCAAUUGAAAUGCGCAGGAGUCUCAGUUGCGGGCUACAAGUCCGAACGAAUUCUGGAGAUGUUGCGUCGGCACAUUCCCUAUGCUUCAGGCCGAGACAUUGAAGGCCUGAAGUUUCUGCGGGGUUUGGACCCCAUUGUUUCUGCCACCAUGAAAGAUCCUCGGGAGUUUUCCACCAGCUUCGUUCAAGCCUGUCCCGCGGGGGCCGCUGCCUUCGCUUCGGCCUCGGCGAUGCUGGCGUUGAUGUCCAAUCCUUCACUCUUCGAACGCUUCAGCAACCUGGCGCGCUGGAUCUUGCGGUCCUACCCAACGGAAGCUUUGAUGGGAGCCACCACCUGGACCCUGUUCCAUGCAGUGGCCAAGCUCGGAAACUUUGCUCUACGAUCCUUCGACCUGGUGUGGUCUCCUGAUCAGUUGCUGAAUCUGCCACAAGACCCGCACGACUUCGAUCGGCUUCGGCUCCAUCCGGCCCUGAGGGUGAAGCAUUUGGAAGCAGCGGAAGGCCAUCAGCAUCCUGCCACGCGCGAACUUGCGUCCUUCCUUCGGAAUAUCAAAGGAAUUCAGCAGGAUCCAGAAAGCAUGGUCUACAUCACUGCAGUGGGUGGCGUGCCUUUUGCAAACUACAUUCAAGGAUUCAUCCAGCGAGCCUUGAAAGUUGGGCUUUCGGCACUGGUUAUAGCCUGUAUGGAUAGCAUUGCCCUGGAGAGAUGUUCUCAGGUGGUGCAGGACGUGAAGCGAAGUGGAAGUGGAUCUGAACGUUUUCUAUGUGUACCUGCCAUGGAAGGCCACGUCAUAUUCAUUAAGCAUGCCUUCUUGCCAGUCCUUCUGAGCGCUGCAGUGGACACAGUUUGGAUUGACUUUGACACCUUCAUCCUGCAGGAUCCAUCCCCUGCCCUUAGGGCGACGCGCGAGAAUCCAAGAGAAGUGCUGCCGCGGCGUUCCAGAGUGCGCUUUGGCUCAUUCCUGUUUCAGAACGCUUCGGACAUUUGCAACCUCUCCAAGAUUUGUGACAAAAGGCAAUACAUGGAGGUAAAUGUGACAUCAUCAAUGGAGGAGAGCCCAUUGGACUACCAAGGGGUAGAACUUCUGGUCACUGAGCACUGGGAUGCCAGAUGCUUGAACAACGGACUCUUUUAUGUGCGCGCGUCGUACCGGACUCUCAUCUUCUUCAACCUCUUCUUGAGACAGAUCUACAUCAACCCGUAUACUGAUAAUCAGAACCUGUUUGAUGCGUUUUUGUCACACUCGACCCUGGACACCGCAGUGCCAGAUGCCCGGCCACUUCUGCGCUACGCCUUGUUGGACAUUGAUCGACAGUUUGGGUGCGCGGAAGGCCACGCCAGCGCCAGCGCCACAGAGGACGGCCUGGUGACCUUCCACUUCUGGGCCUCGGACUUCCGCACUCGAGAAGCCGCUGAGACCGAGAAAGGCGUGUCCCCUGCGUCAGCUGGACGGAUUGUGGCCAGAGAUGGGGUGGAAAGAGUGGAGAAGGUGCGCGCGAAAAAGGAUGAACUCUUUGAGAUCUUCUUUUCAGAAGCUGCUCAGGAAGAGUACAGUCGCGGCCUCCUUGGUAUUCCCAGUGCUGGAGCGGACUUCAUUGCACAGGUGCGCGCUCCGCAACCCAAUUGGAGAGGCAUGUGUUCUGUGACCGCCGUGGGGGUGGAAGACCUGGUGGAUGAACGCCUGCUGCAAGGGGAGAAUCAGCUGAUCGAUUGGAAAGCAGCCACCAAUGUCAUGGGUGCAGACAUGAGUGAGGUGGAGCGUGAAGCAGCCAAGGAUGGAGAUUGCGAGGCAAAACCCAGGUGUGAAGGCAUCCCCUUGGAUGAAUGGGCCCUGGCCCUGCAAGCCAUCGCACAGCUGGGUGAAGCUGGCGGUGAAGGCCUCAGUGUUGCUGAGGUGGUCGUGCUGAAGCAACGCAUUCGUACCUUGGAUGUGGGCACCCUGCUGACCGUCAGAGCCUUUAACCGCUAUGGGCCAUCCAGGCUGGCCAAGGAGCUGAAAGAGCUCCUGGAAGCGGAGGGUAUCAGAUUAAACAAACAAUUGCCGCUGAUGAUUGCGCCCAUGGCUGUGCACCCACCUGCUACCAUCCCAUUGGAUGUGGCUGGUCGAAGCACGUGCUGUGGUGCCCGACCUGGCAUAGUGGCAGCUUCGGGGAUGCUGCUGGUUGGCCUAGCGAUGCCUGGCCAUAGGACCCGAUGCGGAAGAUGUGUUCGCUCCUCCACGGGUGCGUCGCGUGGCGUGCCGCUGGGGAACAUUUUCACCAACGCUGGGGCGACUGGAGUUGGUGGAGGCUUCGUAGGAGGUCCGCAGGAAGUGUUUGGCCGACGACAAGGAUCUCAGGAUGAUAAGAAGGCAGAAGAGGUUCUUCAGAACAUUAAGGGCUUCCAAAUGAAGCCCAAAAAGGUCAAAGAAUAUCUCGAUCGCUAUAUCAUUGAGCAGGACGAUGCCAAGAGGGUCUUGUCCGUGGCGCUCUGCGACCACUACAACUGGGCACGGCGAUGCCUGGACGAUCCCAGCCUCCGAGGCAAGAAUUACACCAAGCCGAACAUUCUGAUCUCUGGUCCAACUGGAAGUGGGAAGACCUACUUGGUUCGGACCAUGGCGAAGAUGCUUGGGGUGCCUUUUGUGAAGGCAGAUGCCACGAAGUUCUCGGAGACGGGGAUUGUUGGUGAAGAUGCUGAAGAUGUUGUUCGACAACUGGCGGAUGCUGCUGGAGGAAGCUCUGCAGUAGCUGGCUAUGGCAUUGUGUACAUAGAUGAAGUCGACAAGAUUUGCAGCGCAUCUGGUGGAAUGGGUGGCAGAGGUGGUUGGAGUGGAUCUCAAGUUCAAAGCAACUUUUUGAAGAUCAUGGAGGACACUGAGGUGAGUGCGAAGAAUAGCAUGCAGGCCAGCCUCUCCAGCAUGUUUGGUGGUGGCCAAGAGGAGUCCAUCUCUACGAAAUUUGUUCUGUUCAUUUUCAGCGGUGCAUUCACCGGAAUGAAUGACAUCAUCAAGAAUCGUGUGGGUACCAAAUCCAUGGGAUUUCUGGCUGAUGAUCCUGCGAACCAAAAGGUCAAUACAGAAGAGCAACAGAGUUAUCUGCACCUGGCAGAAACCAAUGAUUUCAUCGAAGCUGGCUUAGAGCCUGAGUUUGUGGGGCGUAUUCCUGUGCGCGUUGCCAUCCGCGCGUUGGAUUCCAACGAUUUGUACAAAAUCCUCACGCAGGCCGAGGACUCCAUCCUGCUGCAGUUCCAGAACGACUUCUCCGGAUAUGGCAUUCAGCUGAAAGCCGAGGAGGCGGCGUUGCGCCGCGUGGCGGAACUGGCGGUGGAGGAGAAGACGGGGGCGCGUGCACUGGUCACGAUCCUGGAGAAGGUGCUGCGAAAUUUCAAGUUUGAGCUGCCAUCUACAAGCUGCACUGAGUUGCUCCUCACCCGUGACAUGGUCGAAGAUCCUACCAGAGCUUUGCAGGAUCUACUCUGCUCCCCGGCCUUGGCUCGUGAUGAUGUCAACCAUUGGCUUGGGAAAGUUGAAGCAAGGUCAAAGAUCCGUGUUGACAUGCCAGAUGAAGUGCGAGACAGGGUUGUUGCAGAGUGCGCGAAACGACGGCAAUCCGCCGAAAAAGUUCUGGACAGCAUGCUGCGAGACACAGGUGUCAUCUCUGGCUUCGAGUCUAUACGAGAAGCCACCAAGGGCAGUGUGGAGCUGUUUUGCAUCUCCGAAGCCAUGCUGGACCAGCCUCAGGAGGAGAUGGAGAAAUGGACCAAAGAAUUGGAUACAAUGACCUGAGCGCUGAUGGUGAAUUGGUUUACAUGUCUACACCAGGACUGGUGGUUU